CUGUUUUAAAUUUUGGAAAUACAAUGAGUGCCGAACAAGUAAAGGAUUCCAAAAUGAACGAAAAGAUCAUUGCCGAGUUCCAACAGCUCCGCAAUGAACAAAGAAACUUGGUAAACAAUCUGAACACACUGGAAAUGGAUCUGAAAGAGCACAAGACUGUGAUAGAUACCCUGAAAACGGUGGAUCCCGAUCGUAAAUGUUUCCGUCUUAUUGGCGGUGUUCUGUGUGAGAGAACUGUCAAAGAAGUUCUGCCUCAACUGGUCGAAAACAAAGAUUUCAUUGAGAAAACCAUAACAUUAGUCACCGAUGAUUUGACCAAGAAGGGACAGCAAAUCAAUAAAUUCAAAGAAGAGCACAAUAUCAGAAUACGUGGAGAACAGAUGGCUGGUGAAGCACAAAAAUCUCAAACAGAUGAGAACAAAUCGGAAAAUCGCAAUGUCUUGGUAUCCAACUGA